AUGUUGCUCACCAAGGAAGAGGUGCAGGCCAUCACUCUCAACGCCAAGUCGGUGCACAAGUACGCGGAUCAGGCGUUCUUCCCCGCUGAAAUCAACGAAGCCGGCAAGCGCAUCGGCGAUCAGCCGUUCCUCAACUUCUUUGUGCGAUAUCAUCACCGUCAUGCGCCGGAGCAGUACUCGUGGUCACGCUUGCGUCGCGUACUGCUGCUCGAGGACGUAAUGACAGCGCACAAGCCGGACACAGCUCCCGUUGUGACCUCCCCGACGAUUGAGUGGCGCGGAAAGAUAUUCUGGAUCUGCUUCGCUGUGGAGCCGGUGCAGCCACGGUCGUCCUCGUCCGCGGCGCCUAACGAAACAGUGAAGGAGGAGAUAGUGACUCUGCCGCAGCUGUCGAACACGGUUCCAAGGGAAGACGAGGUUUUAGCCUUCUGCGCGGCUAGCGCGAACCAGCGACCGACAGAGGUGUACGCGGACGGAGUGCUCGGCGAGGCACCCGUGGCGCCGCCGGUUUUGCUGGACUCCGGGGAAGUGGCGUCGGCAGCCCAGCUGGUCGCGCAAGACCGUCUGCCGCAUCUGGAGGGUGUGGAGAGCGUCAAUCAGGCGCCGCCGCCGGCGGCGGCGCUCAAUCCGCGCGCGUUUGUGCCGACCCCUCGACAAGUGGAGCUACUUCGUCAAUACAAGACGCAGCACCUGGCACAGCAUCAGUGGACUGAGGAUGAGAUCGAAGAGUCGAAGGUGCUGCGGCAGCGGUACUGCUCCAUGGGUGUGGCGACGGCACCUGUGCGCACAGUCACCUACAUGCAGCACCACCAUGUUGAAGGGCGCAAGCAGCAACAGCAGCCACGGCAUGCGCUCGGGACGUCCUCGUCUGCUGGUGCCGCGACACGGGGUCUGAACGCGUCACAGGCUGCCGAGUUGGAUCUGGCGGAGGAGCCGGCAUCCAGCAUGGCCGCGGAAAGCGGUGACGUCUUUGCUGCGACACACACGCAACGCUCGACCCUCUCUGCAGUCGCGCCAUCAUCACCAUCCGGGGCAACAUCUGCGACAGAUACACCGCUAUCACCAUUUCUGCCACGAAGCGUGUUGCGUGCUCAGCAGCAGCAGCACGCAUCCGCCUCACUCGCCUUGAAUCAGCAUGCCCCCGCCGAAGACCCGUCUUCGAUAUUGAUCCUCGGCGACGGUGCGUCAGCGUCCUACUCUCAGCUGUCCGUGUCGCAAACACCACCGCCCGAGAUGCAGGCGCAGGCGAGCCUGCACCCCGGAUCCUUGACGGCGCUGUCCCAGCAUCUGUCACAGCUCCGUGAAGCCGAGGAGUCCUUCUAUCAAUACAUCAGCGAGGAUUCCCGCAGCGCCUACCUGAACCGACUCGCCGACAUAACGAAGCGCAACAGCGAGACGAACACGCGCAAUCGCCGUCGCGGCAUCGCCAACGAGCGGCGUCUGGAGCGCAAGGGUAAUCUCCUGGAGUCGUGCGGCCUGUGGAUCACUGAUGACAAGGAGCGGGCGAGCAAGGCAGAGGACUACGUCAAGGCGCAGGCAGGCGACUCCAGCAGCACGAGAAAGAACGACGAGAGUACCACGGUCGCCAGCGCGGUGGCCGGCGGCGGCGCUGCCGGCGACGGUGCUGACACUGCAAAGAGCGCCGAGGACGUGUUCGUGGAGCGGUUCAAGGCGUACUACAGCGCGCAGCGGAUUACCUUCGCGGACUGCGCUGAUUCGGAUCUGUUUGCCGACGGCAAUGACGCGGACAUCGGCCCGCUCUUGCAUGCAGCCGCUGUCGUAUUCGAUGCCAGCCCAGAGUCUGACAAGGCUGACUCACCGAGCAGCACUGGCGCCGUGACGGAGGCGAUGCGCCUCGGUCGUCGUCCUGUGCGGCGUCUUUUGCCCAAUCGGCUUCGCACCGAGGAGAGUACGCCUGCGUUGGUACAGGCGCAGCUGGUGCAUCGCAGUACUGUGCGCAUGGCGAAGCGCGCGAGAGAGGAGUGA